UUCACACACUACUACCUGCCAGGCCAAGGUGAGCAGCCGAAGCAAAGAGCAGCAGCUGGCAGCUGGCAGAAGGACGGGCAAGCUAAGGGCAGAGCUGGGGGUACAGAGGGGGCUCCCCAAUAGGUUCCAGGAGCAGGAGAUGCAAACAAAAGACACGUUGCACAGGAUGCCGGUGUCAGUGUGAGGCUGCGGGGAUGCCAGAGAGUUGGCCCGGAUGAGAGACCUACAGAGAGAAGGGUGCCAGGCUGCUGCCCAAAGCUAGCUCCUCACUGCCAGCAGCACACUGGCCACUAGCAAGUGGCUAAUGCUAUGAAAGAUUAACAUAAGGAGAGAGUGGGACAGUGGAUGGGAGGAGUAAGAGUGGCAGAGAAGGGGAAAUAUUAGAGGAUCUGGAUUUACUCUCAGGGGAGAGGAGGAGGAGGAGGAGAGGCAGAGCAGCGCUUCUCACAGGGACACACACACAAAACCUGGCUCCUUGGCAGGAGAGGGAGAGACAGGCAGGAGGCAGCCCACAGCUCCAAACCGCGGCACAUUUGAAGAAUCAGGAGGAGUGUGUGCCAUCCUUCCUUCCCGGCUGCUCCUCUAAUCUGGGGGGUCUCAGGCACUCAGUGCCCCCUAUCUCUCCCCAUUAGCGGCAGUCAUGAUGAUGAUGUCCCUGAGCAGCAAGCAGCCCUUCGGCAUGGCUCACAGCAGCAUGCAGGACGAGGCCAAGUACUCAGCGCUGCACUCUUCCUCCCCUCACUCCUCAUCCUCGGCCACCAGCUCCCCCAGUAUCAGCAGGGCCGGGGGAGGCAAUGGCAGCAGCUCGGAGGCGAUGAGAAGAGCCUGUCUCCCAACCCCACCGAGCAAUAUAUUUGGAGGUCUGGAUGAGAGUUUGCUGGCCCGGGCAGAAGCUCUGGCUGCGGUGGAUAUAGUGUCUCAGUGCAAGAGCCAACACCACCACCACCACCACCACACGCCGCACCACAGCCCCUUCAAGCCGGACGCUACCUACCACACCAUGAACACCAUUCCCUGCACCUCCGCUUCCUCCUCGUCUUCAGUCCCCAUCUCCCAUCCAUCGGGGGUGGCUGGCUCCCACCACCACCAUCAUCACCACCACCACCACCAGCCUUUGGAAGGAGAACUGCUGGACCACAUCACCCCGGGAUUAACACUGGGGGCCAUAACAGGACCGGACGGCUCAGUGGUGUCUACCCCAGGUCACCCACACAUGGCCAGCAUGAAUCCCAUGCACCAGGCAGCACUAAGCAUGGCACAUGCCCAUGGGCUCCCCACCCACAUGGGCUGCAUGAGUGAUGUUGAUGCGGAUCCCAGAGACCUGGAAGCCUUUGCUGAGAGGUUCAAGCAAAGAAGGAUCAAGCUCGGGGUGACACAAGCUGAUGUUGGCUCUGCUCUUGCCAACCUGAAGAUCCCCGGAGUGGGCUCUCUGAGCCAGAGUACCAUCUGCAGGUUCGAGUCCCUCACCCUCUCCCACAACAACAUGAUCGCCCUUAAACCCAUCCUGCAAGCUUGGCUGGAGGAGGCUGAGAAGUCUCACCGGGAGAAGCUCACCAAACCCGAGCUCUUCAACGGAGCCGAGAAGAAAAGGAAACGCACCUCCAUAGCAGCCCCUGAGAAGAGGUCGCUGGAAGCAUAUUUCGCCAUCCAGCCUCGUCCUUCCUCAGAAAAAAUCGCUGCCAUCGCAGAAAAACUGGACCUCAAAAAGAACGUGGUCCGUGUGUGGUUCUGCAACCAGAGGCAGAAACAGAAAAGGAUGAAAUACUCUGCUGGGAUUUAGACUGCUCACUUUUUGCUCAUUUUGUAAGGAAUUAAAACACAUUUUCAUAUGUUUUUUAAUCGCCCAAAUCUCUAUAAAUGUAUAUAAACCUGCAUUUCUAUAUGCCAGACAGCUGUGACUCCACCUGGGCUGCAGAAAGUAUCUGCUGCCCAUAAAGUAUAGGUGCCCGCUUGGUGCCAACCCUCCUGCCACUCUGUCUCACGGAUCGGGACUGCACAAGUAAGACGUUUUUAUUAUAUCCCCGGUUUCACUGCACAGUACAACUAUUUUUUAAGAAAAAUACGGAAACUUGGGAAGCAAAUUGAGAAUAUGCUGGGGACUUUGAGCUUAUUCCAAAACCUAUAUAUUGACUCAUUUUUCCUUUUUGCCCUUAAAACGAUUGCAAUCGGUUUCUGCGAUUACUUGGUUUGUUUGAUAAAAUUAUAUAAAUAUAUAAAUAUAUAUAUAAAUAUACAUAUAUUUUUAAUGUGAUUGAGUAUAUUCGUCCCCUGUUGUGAUGCUAAGUGUAGGCAAAGUCACCCUGCUGUAUUUUCCUUUGUGGUUUGUUUGUUUUUUUUCAAUUUAUUUAAUUAUAAUAUUUCAUGUUUGCAACCGAGCAUUGGAAAAGACUCUUAAGGAUACGUAUUGAUAUUUAAUAGCAAAAUGCUGUUAAUUAUUGGUUAUGACUUUCCCACCUCUGGUUUCUAUUGCACAAAAUCACGAGUUUGGUAAAAGUACACAAUCACCAGUUAAGAUGUAUUUCUAGCAGCUCUUUUCAUUGGUCACAUCUGUAGAUUGCCAUUAAUAGUGACCCCCCUCCCCCUUUCGACAAGGAAUAUUGACUGCUCCCAGGCUGUAUUAUAUGUGGAUAGACCCUGACAUCUGAAUGUUCUUCAUAUGGUUUCCUUUCUUACAUAUUUAAUGGGGUUCCCCACUCUGUCACUCUCGCCUUGUAAAAGAGACAUGUGGGGGUAUGUGUUCCCUGCUAAAUUAAAUUAACGCUUUAGACUAGUCUCAAAGGAAUAUCCAGAUUUGAAAGUUGCACACUUUAUUUAUUUACAAUAUACCAUGUUCAUAACCUGUUAUGUUAACAGAGGAUAUAAAGGUUUAACCACAAUAGGGAUUGCCGGGUCCCGUACAUAUUUAUAUUGUUUAUCAUAUAUGAGGAUCCACCAGAAAGUUCAUUUGUGCUGUAAAUAUUCAAUUUCUUUUACACACAUCUAUAUAUAUUGCUACAGAUAUUUUGCUGUAUUACUGUACUGAGACUAUUUCUAGUCUUAUGUCCUGUAAGAUGAAAUUUAGUUGUUUACUUAAUAGAAGUUUUUCAUUUCGCCAAUGUAAUAAUUUAUUUGGAUUGUUAAAUGGUCUUUCAUUAAAAAAAACAAGUUCUGGACUACUUGCAAUGAAUAUUCUUAUUCAGAUUUGGUAUUAUUUUUAGACAGCGUAAAAAUAGAGGGUUAUAUCAAAGAAUGAACGAGAAAAUGUUCAAAGAAUUCUUUGAAAGUCUAAAUAAAUUGGGGUUUGGAGUAUUUUUCAUAUA